UUCAUAGUGAAAAAAAUUCAAAAAGCUAGAGAUAAAGGCCUGAAAGGUCUCAUACAUAUUCCAAACUCUCACCAACUAUUUUCUGGCCUCCCGCCGUCUCCCGUCUCUCUCUCUCUGUCUCUCUCCCGCCAAGGCCGUCGCCAGGCAUUAUCCUUGACGGAGUGCGCCCCCCAUCCAGGACACGCACGGGAAUCGUCGUGACGGAAUCUCGCCGUUAUCUCCCCAUCCGUCGCUAAAUAAGGCAAGGGGACGCCCUUCCAAUGGUCCGGCUCCUCCCCUUUCUCGACGGGAGAUCGUCUCCGAUGGGCGACUCCGAGGAGAACGUCUGCAACGGCCUCCUCGACGCCCCCGCCGCUGGCCGACCCCCGACCCUCGGCGAGCUCCUCAAGCGCGUCGGCGACUCCCACGACGGCGCCCGCAGCGACGGUAGCCCCUCCUACGACGGCUCCGCCGCACCUCCGGACUAUGUCGUCGAGCUCGAUGAUGUCUCCGUUGGCGACCUCCGCGGCCGCCCCCUCCCGUUCGUGCUCGCCUUCAUUAAUCUCACCUACAGCGUCAAGACCCCGAAGAAGCUGAGUUUUCCCUCCCUCUUCCGCCCCCGCAGAUCCAAUUCCGGCGCCGCCAGCGGUACCAAGAUUCUCCUGGAUUCGAUCUCCGGCGAGGCGAGGGAGGGCGAGAUCCUCGCCGUCCUGGGCGCCAGCGGAUCGGGGAAGUCCACCCUGAUCGACGCCCUGGCUAACCGGAUUGCCAAGGGGAGCCUCAAGGGCUCCAUAACCCUCGACGGCGAAACCCUAGAGAGCCGCCUCCUCAAAGUGAUCUCGGCGUACGUGAUGCAAGACGAUCUCCUAUUUCCCAUGCUGACCGUGGAGGAGACGCUGAUGUUCGCCGCCGAGUUCCGUCUCCCACGCUCACUCUCCGCCACCAAGAAGCGCGCCCGUGUCCACGCCCUCAUCGACCAGCUCGGCCUCCGCCCCGCCGCCCGCACCAUCAUCGGCGACGAGGGCCACCGCGGCGUCUCCGGCGGAGAGCGCCGCCGCGUCUCCAUCGGCACCGACAUCAUCCACGACCCCAUCAUCCUCUUCCUCGACGAACCCACCUCCGGUCUCGACUCCACCAGCGCCUUCAUGGUCGUCAAAGUCCUGCAGAGAAUCGCCCAGAGCGGCAGCAUCGUUAUCAUGUCCGUCCAUCAGCCAAGCUACCGCAUUCUGGGCCUUCUCGACCGUCUGAUCUUCUUAUCUCGUGGGCAGACGGUGUACAGCGGGCCCCCGGCCGGCCUUCCGGUUUUCUUCUCCGAGUUCGGCCACCCGAUCCCCGAGAACGAGAACCGGACCGAGUUCGCCCUCGACCUGAUCCGCGAGCUGGAGACCUCCGGUCCGACCGGGUCCAAACCGCUGGUCGACUUCAACCGGUCCUGGCAGCUCAUGAAGCUCCCCCCUGGGCGCCGCUCCCCUGGGGCCCGCCUCUCCCUCAAGGACGCCAUCAGCGCCUCCAUCUCGCGCGGCAAGCUCGUCUCCGGCGCCACCGACGGGUCGGGUUCGGCCUCCUCCGUCCCAAUAUUCGCCAACCCGUUUUGGAUCGAGAUGGGCGUCCUGACGAAAAGGUCCUUCACAAAUACCCGGCGCAUGCCGGAGCUAUUCCUGAUCCGGCUUGGUGCCGUGAUGGUCACCGGCUUCAUCUUAGCCACUAUUUUUUGGCGGCUCGACAGCUCGCCCAGGGGCGUCCAGGAGCGGCUCGGCUUCUUCGCGUUCGCCAUGUCCACCAUGUUCUACACGUGCGCGGAUGCCCUCCCGGUAUUUAUCCAAGAACGGUACAUCUUUAUGCGGGAGACCGCGUACAACGCGUACCGGCGCUCCUCGUACGUGCUAUCCAACGCCGUGGUCGGGUUUCCUUCGCUGGUCCUCUUGUCCGCCGCUUUCGCCGCCACCACAUUCUUCGCCGUCGGCCUCUCCGGCGGCCUCUCCGGCUUCGUCUUCUUCUUCCUGAUAAUCCUGGCCUCCUUCUGGGCCGGGAGCGGCUUCGUCACCUUCUUAUCCGGGGUGGUACCCCACGUCAUGCUGGGAUAUACCGUGGUGGUGGCUAUCCUAGCUUACUUCCUGUUAUUCAGCGGGUUCUUCAUCAACCGGGAAAGGAUACCGGGGUACUGGAUAUGGUUCCACUAUUUAUCUUUGGUGAAGUACCCCUACGAGGCGGUGUUGAGGAACGAGUUCGGGAUGGCGUCGGAGUGCUUCGUGAGAGGGGAGCAGAUAUUCGAUAACACGCCGCUGGGGAAUAUACCGGAGGCGAUGAAGCAGAGGGUGCUGGGAGCGAUAAGCGGGGUGCUGGGGAUGCGGAUAACGAGCGGGACGUGCGUGACCACGGGGGAUGAUAUCUUGAGGCAGCAGGGGAUAACGCAGCUGGGGAAGUGGGACUGCUUGUGGGUGACAGUGGCGUGGGGGUUCUUCUUCCGGGUGCUAUUUUAUUUUAGUCUUCUGAUUGGAAGUAAGAACAAAAGGAGAUAGGGAGACGGCUAGAAAUGAUGGCGGUUUUUUUUUUUCUUUUAUAUAUAUAUAUAUAUUAAUUUUUAAAUCGAUUCACUUGUAUGUAAGUUAAGUGGAACAAUUUAACUCUCUGUUCUUUUUUUCAAAGGUGAGAUAAUAGUAAGUAAUAUAACUGAAGAAUUGUUUAUGGGAAUCCGUCUCACACUCUCCGUAAGAACUUGAAGAUAGUUGGAACACGGAGGAAUUGUGAGAGAUUGAGGAGAAUAUCUCGGAAAAUCAAUGGGAGUCAGAUCGU